UGUUUGUAUUUUUCAAAAGAAGAUUUGUUGUGACAGGCAAAGAUAUCGUAAUAGAUCCUGGAUACCAUUAGUCUUUUUUGAUAAAAUAUACUUGCUGGAGAUCAGGUUUUAACUCAAACGAAAAUAUGUAUUAUUUUAGGGUAGAAUAACACCUGUAUUUUGUGAUAAACAAGUCAUUAUGCUAAAUUCGACAGUUGUAACCUCAAGGCCGAUGCAGCCUGCUGCAAUGAUGCCACCUGCGAGACGACCUAUGAAUGUCCGUACAUUGCGUGGCUUGGCUAUUGCUCAGAUCGUGAAUGGAGUUUUAACCUUCGGACUCGGUAUUGGCGCAGCAGCCGUAUUUAACAAGAAUUAUUGGUUAACUGAAGCUGCUCCUGGAAUCUGGGGUGGUAUAUGGAUAUUUGUUACUGGUGUUAUUGGAGUUAUCUCAACAACACGCCCCGAAUCUAUACCACUAAAUAACACUCACAUGGCAUUUUGUAUUAUUUCAACGAUUGUAGCGUCCAUUCAUGGCAUCAUGUUUGCUGUAGGAUUAGGUUAUUACAACCAUUGCAAAAAUCGAUCCACAUACUACUUCAACUACCGCUACAGCUACGGCUACAGCUACGGAUACAGCUACAGCUCUUCUUACUAUUCCGGAGACUACCGUUACUGUUCUAGCAACAGCGCCGGUGUUGUAAUUUAUGCUUUUCUGGUUUUACUGAUGUCAGUUGAGUUUUUUGUAGCACUGGUAGCUGCAGUAUACUGUUCUCAAGGUGCCUGUUUGUCACGUUUCUGGGGUGGUGUGAUCAUCCAACAACAACAACCUCAGUAUAUUGUCACCACUUCCUCGAGUAAUCCAGCAUAUGUGACAUCGUCAGGUUACCCUGCUACCACAGUUAUGAUGACAUCCCCUCAUUUUAACGCAUACCAACAACCUGCUACCAUCACAAAUACAACGAUUGCUUACUCUCAAUAUCCUCAACAACAACAACAACAACAACAACAACAACAACAACAACAACAACAACAACAACAACAACAACAACAACAACAACAAAACUCCACUCCGCAAUACCCUCCUCCUCUUCAGUACUAACGUUGCAUUGAUACACUAAAGGAAUCCAAACACCAAUAAUAUUAUUUUAGAGGAUGAUUUUUUAUUUAUUUAUUUUUUCAUGCCAGGAUCCUUAAAUGUACUCGGUGUUCUGUUUUAUAUCACAAUCUAUAUGUGUUAGUUGAUUUUGGCACAACACAGUGUAGAGAUGAAUUUAUUUUUGAAGUAAUUAAAAUUGCACAGUAGUUUUAAUUUUCAGUUCGCUUUUUUGUUACUAUUGUCAAUUAGAUGUAGCUGGUCUACCUUUUACGCUAGUUGUAUUGUAUUUUUCUUACUUCAGUUUUUUUGCGUUCAUGGUUUUUGAUUAGUUUUGUGGUGUUACUUUGCAAGGAAUGGUAAUAGUGAUGCAAUGUUAACAAUUUGGGAGUUUUAGAAAUAUGGUAGCGUAGAUCAGAGUUUUUAUUGCUCUUUAUAUUUGGAAGUAUUCAAGAAGUUUUUAAUAAUGCAUGUAUUUUUCUUAUUUGGUUAUUUAUACAAAAAUUGUAAAUAACCACUUUAUUUCAUAUUUUUUGUGUGAUAUUACUACCACUGAUGAAAAAUCUUGUAGCCUGUGUAAAAAUCCACCGUAUCGCCCGCCCUUUUUAUACCCCAUUUCGUGCGUCUCGCUACUUGCAGUACCAUCUUGCGUGUCAAACAGACGUAUAAGGGUAUUAUAAUAUAGAUCACUCGGCUUAAAAUUGCAGUUUGGACCUUUCUCUGCAUGUCUGCGGACUAGGAAACCUUUGCAGCUUCAAUUUGAUAUAAAAAGAAUUAAAAUUCAUGAGGAAUUUAUUUAGUCAUAUUUCUUUUAUACUUGACUUAUACAGCCUUGUAAAGGAUACAGCUUAAACUAUUACAAGCCAGCACAUAUCAGACAAUCACUUUUUACUCUAAAUACACAUAUUAUUCUUGUAUUUUUACACAGUAUUUUUCGAAUAUUUAGAUAUGCAUUUUAUUUAAUAUUUGUGUAGGAUAUUUUUUCUAUCAAUAACUUACUUAACUUUUGAUGACGUGUUUGUAAAAAUAACCCAGAGUACCGUGCCCAUACUACAACUAUUUGGUAGAAUUAUUUAUAAUUAUACUUAAAUUAUUUUUGUAUAGAAGCAAAAAAAAAAGAUUCUAAGCACCUGAAUGUUUCUUGCUAACCUCUGAAAUGUUUGGUGCAUUUGACUGUUAUUUCUUUACCACAAACAUAUUCCUUCCUAGUCAUUCAUCCCUGCUGUCGGGUUUGUAAACAAUAUUGUAAUAAUAUUUUUUAUAUUUUAAUAGAAGCACAUUACAUUUAUGAAAAUACACAUUUCAACGUUACUUAA